GAAGCACAGAGCGUCUGCUCUUCGACGUCAGAUGGCUUCAGUCACCGCAAGUCCUGUUAAGUACUGUUAAAGCGUGUCGUUUGCAAAGGCUGGCGUUUAAGUGCAGAUCACUUCUCGAUUCCAGGCUCAGCUGCACCAAAGUGCUGGAUUCCUGACUGAAGGUAUGCAUAGUGAGGAGCUUUCAUGCUUUCGCUAGAGGGACUGUAGGGCUUAAAUACAAGCAACACCAUGAGUGUGUCCUCCAGUCAUCUGGUCUUGGCUGCCAUCUUGUGGGUGAUGCCAUGCACCAGAGUGGCUAUGACUCUGACCAACACCACAGAACUCUCUCCCAUCAUUGCUGUGUCUGGAAUUGACCUGAGCUGGAACAACACAAGCAGCAUCGAUGUGCCUCAUAUCCGGAGGAAGCGCUACAUUUCCUCCCAGGAUAUGAUGGCUUUGUUGGACUACCACAACAGUGUGAGAUCUCAGGUUUUCCCACCUGCUGCGAACAUGGAGUACAUGGUGUGGAAUGACAGACUUGCUAAAUUGGCUGAAUCCUGGGCCUUGCAGUGCAAAUGGGAUCAUGGGCCAUCACAUGUCAUGAGGUACACAGGCCAGAACCUGUCCAUCACCACCGGAAGGUAUAGAUCAGUCAUUGAGCUGGUAAAGUCAUGGCAUGAUGAGAAGUAUUCCUUCUCCUACCCCAACAGAUGCACCGGCUCUGUCUGCACCCAUUACACACAGAUGGUAUGGGCCAGCACCAAUAGGAUUGGGUGUGCCAUCAACAGGUGUUCAAAUAUGUAUGUGUUUGGUACAAAAUGGAAACAAGCCACCUUGCUAGUCUGCAACUACUCCAUCAAAGGUAACUGGGUCGGAGUAGCUCCAUACAAGACAGGAAAGCCAUGUUCAGCUUGUCCUUCUGUUUAUGGUGGAUCGUGUAACAAGAAUCAGUGCUCCACAUCAAAACACAGGAAGAAGCUUAAGAGGUUUUAGUCACACUGAUUAAAGCGAAUGAAUUGUGAUUGACCCAAGAAUUUGGAAGCACAUUUUUUGUGUUGCACCACUAUUAAAUUUGAUUGUGUGUUUUGUAAAAUAUAGCCUAUUUUACACUUUUUUACACCACACUCUAACUAACAAAUUAUAACACACACUGCCCCACUAUUGUAAUUGUCAUAGUCUUCCCAAGAGUCAGUCCUGUGACUCUGCCGUUGUCUCUCGUCCUGUCCCUGGACUGUUUGCACUGUUUUGUAUAUUUGCAUUACUGUAAGAGUGGAAUUGCCGUUAGGUUCACGUUGAGAGUUAAGCACUUUUAUGGUUUGUGUACACCCAAUAAAGUUUCUAACCUUAUGGCAUAAGCUUAUUUAGAGUUUAGUUGUUGUUUCGCCAUAUUCGAGUUAUUAUCUUCUACACAUAGGUACCAGACUCGUUGCAAGGACGUAGUUGUGUUUGGGAAUGGGGAUUAUAAAAAAUAAAAAAAUAAAUAAAUAAAA